GAAAAGACACAGACAUUAGAAUCGCAAGCUUAAUUACGACGCCAACCUUAAAAACGCGAAAAUCAGAAAGUAGUUCACAUUUUUAAUUUGUUACAAGGUGUUGUGGUGUCAAACGAGGAUUGGUAGUUGCAGAGUAUUGGGAAACAACCUCCUAUAAAUACUUUGGUGGUUUCACCUCUAACUAACAGCCGCAUUCUCUCUCUCUCUCUCACAUCACAAUUCACUUCACAUGGUUUCCAAAAACCCGAACCCCUCAGAGGCUUUCUAUUUGGAUCCCUCUGGCAUGCAGCUUCCUGGUCUUCUUCCCUUUGCCGCCACUGCCACCGAUUCACUUGAGGACCCUUCUAAGAAGACUCGCAAACCAUACACUAUUACUAAGUCUAGAGAGAGCUGGACCGAACCUGAGCAUGACAAGUUCCUUGAAGCUCUUCAAUUGUUUGACCGUGACUGGAAAAAGAUUGAAGCAUUUGUUGGGUCAAAGACAGUUAUCCAGAUACGUAGUCAUGCACAGAAGUACUUUCUAAAAGUUCAGAAGAGUGGGACAAGUGAACAUCUUCCUCCACCCAGACCAAAAAGAAAAGCUGCUCAUCCAUAUCCCCAGAAAGCUUCCAAAAAUGCUCCAGUACUCUCACAAGUAUCAGGAUCCUUUCAAUCUUCAUCUGCUUUGCUUGAACCUGGAUGCAUAAUAAAGCAUGAUUCUUCUGCAAUGCUUAAAACUCCUAUUAUUAACACAGCAGUGUCUUCCUGGUCAAACAACACUUUGCAGAAAACAGCCAAUGUAUUGCAUGGGCAAAAAGUGAAUCAUUGUUGCAGUAGCCGUGAAAGCACUCCUAGAGCCCGACUUGGUGAAUCUAAUGGUAAAGGGAAUAAUAGCCAUCCAUUGAGAGUUCUUCCCGAUUUUGCUCUAGUAUACAGCUUUAUUGGCAGUGUAUUUGACCCAAAUGUAUCUGGACAUCUGCAUAAACUAAAAAGGAUGGACCCUAUAGAUGUUGAGACGGUGCUACUGCUGAUGAGAAACCUGUCUAUCAAUUUAGCAAGCCCAGAUUUUGAGGAUCAUAUCAAUUCAUGCAUAAUGAGCAGUUGAAGAGUGCUACUUAGAUGGGGUGGUGGCAGAAAAUGGCUUUGUUUUUCAGCUACUGAAUGCAGGCAGGGAUGGAAUUUUGCAUGAUGAGGUAAGAUGACUUGGCAUGGCAACAAGCUGAGAGUUUCCAGUCAUGGCCUUAAAAUCCUACUAGUUAGUAAUUGCUGUUAUUCAUCAUCUCAGCUAAGCAAGGCUUUUAAUUCCCUUAAUUCAAUUUGAUUAUGUAUAUAUUAAAAGAAAAUAAAUAAUGUGGGAAUGUAUAGAUUUCAUAGUUUUGUGUAGGUAUGUGUACAGUACCAGAUAUUUGUGCUCAGAAUUUAGCCAUACGUCUAAUAUCUGGAAAGCGAGGCAGUUCCUUGUUAAACACUUCUUAACACUGUACA